AUGCGUUUGUCCACCUCCGCCCUCGUCCUGGGCGCUGCGUCGUCGGCCGUCGCCCUCGACCAGAAGAUCCUCGGCGACUUGAAGAAGCCCGCCAUUGAUCUCGAUCUGAAGUCAUGGAUGAACUUUGGUGAGGAGAUCACUGCCGAGGCCAAGGCCGUCUGGGAGGAGGUCUCUAUGCUCGCCCCCGACGCUGUCGAGGCCUUCAAGAAGCAGGUUCUCGGCACCAAGCCCAAGAAGGCCAACCGCCGCCCCGACAACCACUGGGAUCACGUCGUCAAGGGCGCCGACGUCCAGGCCAUCUGGGUCGAUAAGAACAACGAGAAGCACCGCAAGGUCGGCGGAAGACUCGACAACUACAACCUCCGUGCCAAGAAGGUCGACCCUUCCAAGCUCGGUGUUGACAAGGUCAAGCAGUACAGUGGUUACCUGGAUGACGAGGAGCAGGACAAGCACCUCUUCUACUGGUUCUUCGAGUCGCGCAAUGACCCCGAAAACGACCCUGUCGUCCUCUGGCUCAACGGCGGCCCCGGCUGCUCAUCGCUGACCGGUCUCUUCCUCGAGCUCGGCCCUGCCUCCAUCAACAAGAAGAUUGAGAUUGUCAACAACCCUUGGUCUUGGAACAACAACGCUUCCGUCAUCUUCCUCGACCAGCCCGUCAACGUCGGUUACUCGUACAGUGGCGGCUCCGUGAGCAACACUGUCGCCGCCGGCAAGGACAUUUAUGCCCUUCUUACCCUCUUCUUCCACCAGUUCCCUGAGUAUGCUAAGCAGGACUUCCACAUUGCUGGAGAGUCUUAUGCCGGUCACUACAUCCCUGUCUUUGCCAACGAGAUUCUCUCCCACGAGGAUCGCAACAUCAACCUGAAGAGUGUUCUGAUUGGCAACGGUCUCACCGAUGGCUACACCCAGUACGAAUACUACCGCCCCAUGGCCUGUGGUGAGGGUGGCUACCCCUCUGUUCUCAGCGAGAGCGAGUGCCAGUCCAUGGACAACGCUCUGCCUCGCUGCCAGUCUCUGAUCAAGGGCUGCUACGAGUCCGGCAGCGCCUGGUCUUGCGUGCCCGCCAGCAUCUACUGCAACAACGCCAUGAUGGGCCCCUACCAGCGAACUGGCCGCAACGUCUAUGAUAUCCGAGGCAACUGUGAGGAUAGCUCCAACCUGUGCUACUCUGGUCUGGGCUACAUCGCCGAGUACCUCAACCGCCAGGACGUUCAGGACGCUCUCGGCGCCGAGGUCAGCAGCUACGACAGCUGCAACAUGGACAUCAACCGAAACUUCCUCUUUGCCGGUGACUGGAUGCAGCCUUAUCACCAGGUUGUCCCCAACGUUCUUGAGAAGAUCCCCGUUCUUAUCUAUGCCGGUGACGCCGACUUCAUCUGCAACUGGCUGGGCAACCAGGCCUGGACCAACAAGCUCGAGUGGCCCGGCCACAAGGACUUUAAGAAUGCCGAUAUUAAGAACCUCAAGGUCGACGGCAAGGAGUACGGCAAGGUCAAGACGAGCGGCAACUUUACCUUCAUGCAGAUCUACGGCGCCGGCCACAUGGUCCCCAUGGACCAGCCUGAGGCGUCUUCUGACUUCUUCAACCGCUGGCUCGGCGGAGAGUGGUUCUAA